GGUUACGCUCUGGUUAAUCACGUGAUUGCUACAUAUAUUGGUAUCGCAUGCCCUCUGGACUGCUCAAAGGAAUGCGUAGCUGAUGUUCGCUGUCAAUCCUUCAACUGUGCUGAGUCUGGAAAUAAGUGUGAAUUAAAUGACCAACGGAGGGAAACUAGACCAAGUGACUUUGGUACCAGAGAAAAUGCUACAUACUUUGGUCCCACGCCUCAGCAAGUGAGUUAUAAAAGCUUUAAUCGUAGGCAAUUUCCAAGUUCCACAAACUCCCACUUUCAAAGCGAGGCUAAGUGCCAAACCUUUCAUGCGAAAAUGAGUUUCAUUUGCAUAAGACUAAAAAAAUAUUUUCAUCUGAAUCGCUUAGCAGUUAGCCUUGCUUUGAAACAGAGGCUUGGGGCAACGCAGAAAUGGCGUUCCUUUCUGAAACUGGACAACGCGCGUCGAUCUAAAAAUCGAUUCAGUGACCAAUGAUAAAGCGGCAAAUUGACAGCGAAGUCGGGUUGAGUCCUUCCGAGCUCUUUCGCCUUCAGUGUGACGUUGCGUUGUCUCUGCUAAAUCUGUCUGAUAUCUUUCACAAAGGUCAUUUAGAAGCAAACAGUAAACGAAAUUCUACACUUACUGUACCUUACAUACCCACCUACACAUAACGGGACCACUGACUUCUGUCCCUAAGGUGGUCUCUAGCCUGCGUAUCAGUCGCUUGGAAGUAGUGGGUGCAAGAAAGAACGAGCGCGCGAGAGGGAGACACGCGAGGCGCGCCCGUUCUUUCUUGGGCCUGCUACGCAGGCUAGGUGGUCUCUGCAGAGUAGUUACAUUGUAUUAACCCCUGCUCUCCUGAAAACCUGGCCAGGAAAAUGUGUUUUUUUUAUCGUUUUCGGUAACAAUAGCACGUUUGUUCAUCUCCGCCGUUUGUGAUGCAUGUCCUUUCUAUUAGGAGGGAACUGGAAGCGGUUGCAUGUCGGUCACUUGUCAACAUGGUGGAACAUGCGUAGACUCGUGCUGGAAUCCCCAGAUGUUCACUUGUGAGUGUCGCAAAGAUUAUGAAGGAGUUUUCUGUGAAAAGCAUAGCGGAGGUAAGGAAUAUCUUUAUUAUACAAAUUUGCUCACAUAUACGCACCAAAUUGGUAAAGAUAUCCAGUUUCCAAACUGGAUAUGGUCUCCGAUCCGAGAAAUUUGAACUCGUCAUAUUUGACAAUAUUCUAACCUACGACCGCCCAGGCACCAAGCGAGCGCUUUACGUACAGAGAGACUCCUUCUUGAGUAGGGCAAGGCCAUUUACUGCUGGGCGUUUUAUAUGCGACACGUGUCAUCCAUACUGUGACAAAAAAAGCCAAUGUCGAAAGCGUAGCGAUGAAUAAAGAUGGAAAAUUCGAUUUCUAAACUCGGUGGUAAAUAAGAAAGUGGGGCAGAGAUAAAGAAUCGUGAAUAACCGAUAGGAUUUCCUACCGUAGGGUAACAUAUAGACAGAAUCGGGUCUUAUUCACUUAGAAAACUUUCACUUUAUAUCCUUGCAGUGAAAACUUGUCAGGAGCUGAAAACGCUAGGCGAGAAUCUUGACGGUGUUUAUGAUAUCAAUCUCGAUGGCCAGGGAAUCAUCAACGUCUUUUGUGACCAAACGACGGACGGUGGUGGGUGGACUGUGGUACAGAGACGCUUCUCUCCAUACAGUGCCAACUUUGAACGAGUCUGGCUCGAAUACAAAAACGGCUUUGGCGACCUUUCCGGGGAAUUCUGGCUUGGCAAUGACAACCUGCACCGACUCGCUGCGUCCUCCAGC